AUGGCGGAAAACAACCUUGCAAAGCUGGUGUUCACAAGAGAUACGGAUGGUACAAGAAGACCUGGAGGGCAGCGGCAACUCACAUCUCUCACGACAAGCUGCGUGUGCACCUCCACCACCCAACUGCAAAGUGGCGGCGGAGUGCUAAUGCAUUCCACCGUGCCUCACUCACACGUGCCACCUGCCCCCAUCCAAAGCCCCAGAUCGGUCCGGUCCAUCACGGCGUCGUCGUCGUCGUCGCCGAUCGGCGAUCGCUUAAUCGACGAGCGGAAAGUGCUGUGGAAGAACAAAGACCGACCGGUGGACCAAUGGAGGGCGAUCGAGAGGUCCAGUCCGCUGUACAAGCUGACUCCGAUGAUCGAUGAGGAUGGAUUGAUUCGGAUCGAAGGUCGAACCAAGAGGGUGGAAUUUCUGCCACUCGAUAUGCGAUUCCCGGUGAUUCUACCGGAUAACCACCGGAUUCCGCAGCUGAUCUUUCAGGAUUAUUAUGAGCGGGGUCACGGAUACCACCAGGCGGUGAAGAAUGAGUUGCGGCUGCUGCACGUAGAUGUUGUAGUCCGGAAAGUGGCGGCCUUCUGCGUUCGGUGUAAAGUGCAUCGUUGUCGUCCGGAAACACCAAGGAUGGCGGCGCUGCCAGUGCAGCGACUGACACCGAACCUACGGCCGUUCAGCUACGUUGGAGCCGACUACCUGGGAACGUUUGACGUGACGCUAGGACGCAGGACGGAGAAGAGGUGGAUCGCGUUGUUCACCUGCAUGGUAACACGCGCGGUGCAUUUGGAGGUGGCGUUUGUACUAACGACGCAGUCUUGUUUGAUGGCGAUACACCGGUUCACCGGCCGCCGUGGCUGGCCGGUCGAGUUUUUCUCGGACAACGGGGCGAAUCUCCGAGGAACCAGCAAGGUAGUAGUGGAGUCUGUGCAGGGCAUCAGCGAUGACUGUGCAGACCAACUGACGAACACGAGGACGAAGUGGACGUUCAACCCCCCGGCCGCACCGUACAUGGGUGGCGUUUGGGAACGGUUGGUACGUUCGGUGAAGGAAGCGCUCACCGCGCUCGAUGACGGAAGGCGAUUGACGGACGAGAUUCUGCAGAUGGCGAUCGUUGAGGCGCAGGACAUUAUCAACUCCCGUCCGCUGACAUACGUGUCGCUGCAGUUUGGUGAAACAGAAGCGCUUACUCCGAACGACUUUCUGAGGGACGUACCUCCGAAUCAGCCGUGUGUGACGCGGCUACCUCCCCAACCAGCGGAGGCUCUUCGGGACGUGUUCCAGCGUUCGCAGCAGUUAGCCAGCGUGAUUUGGGAACGGUGGAUUAAGGAGUACGUGCCGUCAUUGAAUUAG